AUGAACAUCAGCGGUUCACAGCUGCGGCUUCCUCGAAUUUCCCUCCCCAACCGUGAUGGCGGGAACAGACUUGCCCGGUUCGCUAACGUCAACCGGGGUCAAGUGAUUGGUGGUGACAGGGUCAUCAAACAUGCGGCUUACGACGAAUCGGAAAACGAAUAUUCAGAAGUCGACACGACCUCCUACUCCACGUACUACUAUGGCUCGACGGCGACGCACACGUACCAGCCGUUAUACGUCAGCUCGAACGAAACGUUCGGUACGAACUACAGAAAGCCAGCGGUUGAGCAGCAACUCACGGCUGAGUCCGAGCGAAUCGCGAUCAUCACACGCUACUGGCCGGACAUUGCGAGGUGUGCUAUUUUGUUGAUUCUCAUCGCCACGGCGACGGCUUUGGUCAUGUUGUAUUUUUCACUAAAUUAA